CCAGAAGCGACACAACUGUAGACUACAUAGCCUACAACCAGACUGGAGAUAGGGUGUGAAGCGAGCCAUAUCAUUCGAUAAAUACUUAAACACAGUAGUUCUCGGAUUAUAUAUUUACUAGAAGCACACACACCUUUGCUCAUACCUCAAAUUGGACGCUAGACUUACACACCCAUGUUCAUAUCUCCAAUUCGUCACGCAACCAGUUGUAGAUCAAUAGCCCUAUCUAUACGUCGCACCAUGUCGGCUACCACAUUUAACGGCGAAGACGUGUACAUACAACUACCACAGAUACGCUUAGGGGCUCGUCGGUUUGGGAAGAAAGACCAUCCUCUGCUGGUGGCAUUGCAUGGGUGGCUGGACAACGCCAGUAGUUUCGAACCCUUGGCCCGAAGACUCAGUGGCGAAUAUGGAUAUCAGGUGCUAGCGGUGGACUGGCCGGGACACGGGCUGUCUGAGCAUAGACCCGGCAUGUACCCUCUCCACUUUACUGACUACAUGCUCGACCUGGACAUGCUGCUAAAGCACCUUGACCACGACAAAGAGUACAGAACUCCCACCGCCAUAAUCGGCCAUUCAAUGGGGGGGUUGAUCUCCAGCGCCUUCUCCGCCACCCACCCCAACCGCGUGAAGAAACUGGUUGUGAUUGAGGCCGUAUCACCAAUGUACGAGAAACCGGGCAAGUCCAAGGCCCGCCUGGUCAGAGCAACCGAGAAGUACGAUGCCUGGUUGCUCAAGAUGCAUAUGCGUGCACUCGCCGGCGAGGAUACCAGCAAGCCGCGUAUUGUAUACGAAUCGGUUGAGGUGGCCGUACAAGCACGGGCCAAGCUGACCGGCAUGGACGCGGAAUGGUGUCGUCUGCUGUGCGAGCGGAACCUCAGUGUGCACGAGGGAGGGGUGGCCUGGCGGUCAGACCCGCGCCUGCGCAUGGAGUCGUUGUACCGGUCCUCUUUCGAGCAUGUGGACAGCCUUAUGACCCAUGUGGAGACCACCACACUCAUGAUUGCGGGCGACAAGGGGUUUGAAGACCUCCGCAAGGCCAUGCCCAAUGCUCGUAGGUGGUACACGAAGCUACAGGAGUGUACAGUCGCCGGGGACCACCACCCGCACCUGUCUAAUGCAACGGAUGUGGCUAAGGCGAUAGCCGACUAUCUGAGUGCAGAGGACUCGGUCGAGGAGAUUCAAUCGUGAGCGGUGCUUUGACUGAGGUCCUCAGGGUACGAGUACGGGGACGCAGAGAUGAUAGGGCAAGAGCAAGGUGUAGGUAGCGUAGGUGCUUCUGAGACCAAACCAUUGGUAGAAGUGGGUGCAAAACAUACCGUAGCUCUAUGUGGGAGACGGUGGCGAAUCGGCGGUAGUCGCACACAGAGCGAUGCGCCUCGUGCCCUGUCCAAUCCCAUGGGGAAAUGGACAGGGCAAAGAACAGUCCUUUUAAACGCCAUCCUAUUGCGUUUAAUAUUGAAGGUUCUGGUACCGUGGGGACACACACACACAGAUUAACGUCGACGGGCGGUAUAGGCGAAUACUAGUCCAGCGCAUUGCGCUGUGGUUGGGAGUAUUGACUCUUGUGUGCGAGAAUCUGGAUAUAGCGUAUAGCGUUAUAGGGCUUAAGGUUUUAGGGUUUUGAGUUUUACAUAGUCAAACUGGACCGUGUGGCAAACACGGGGGAGAGUGUAGUGCAAGCCAUGUGCGUGCUUAUCCGUUCUCAGAGGGGCGGAUGUGAACACAACAAACAAGGGACGGGAGCUAUAUUAACGUAUUCAUACUUCACACGUCCGCCGUCUCCCAUUGCGCGCACAGUGAGGAGAUAGGCGCUCAGACUUCUGAUACAGAGUUGUCUGUAGGUAGGUGGGCAUAUGUGUGUGUGUGCCUUGGGGGAGGGUGUGUGGGGAGGUGUUACGGGCGGAUGCUGUUCGCUUGGUAGGUAGGUAUAGUGCCAUUCGACGUUCAACCGAGUACGGCCAGAGGGGUGGGUGGCGAGUGCCUCGGCCGAUGUAAGGUACUUCUGGUUGGGAAUGAGUUUUGCUGAACUCACACAGCGGCAGACAGAAGGCUAUCCAGAGAAUGUAGAGGACUCUAUUGGAUAUGAGGUAGAUAGGUCACCUAUGGUUGGUUAAGAGAGUUAUUGUGCAGAGACGACAGACUGCCUCGAGGGUGCAUGGCGGAGGGUGUACACAAAUGUGUGGACAAGCAUGUAUGAUGCUCAUACAACUGGUCGAAAUCAUCUACACUGUGGCUAUAGACCACGUACGCGGAGAUGAUGGCAGAGACAGGUAUAGGAUACAGUACAUAUGCCCAUGGGUGCUAUGUCGAUAGGGUGUAUAUAAGGGGGUAGUUGGUUCCUUAUGUGCAAAGGACUUCAAAGUUCUCGUUGUAUGCUGAGAAUCGAUAAAAAUACGAUUUUGAAUAGCCUGUCCAGCGAAAAAUCCGAUGCCGGACCCCAUUGAGUACAAAAGCAAUGUAUGUAGCUAGUAUCGGAGAAAGAAAAAAUAUACGCUCACUGCCGUCGCACCUAUACGUUAGCCAAACCUAACGAUUCCAAGUGGUAUGAUAUCUUAGUGUAACGUAAUGGACUGACAACUUAGUAAAACGUAAACGUCUCCAGAAGGUCGUACACUAUAGCGAAGCGAAGCUGCCCCUUAUACUCUGAUGAGAAGUUGAGGAAGCAUUGACUAGAGUAGCGGGAGA